AUGACGGCGCAGGGUGCCCAGGAGAGCAUCUAUAACCUCCUGCCCCGCCUGGAGGAGAAGCCUGUCAAACCUCCCAGGUAUAUAUCCACAUUUAGACCAUCUGUGAAACGUGAAGUAGAGAAAAAUAAAGCUCAGUGGAAAACUAUGGGACCAGCAAAAGUUGCAGUGCCAUCUCCAAAAAACUUUCUGCAGAAACAUUCAAAAGAACCCAAGCUACCAGCAAGAAAAAAAGAACAGGAUAGUAAGAAAUUGCCUGCAUUAUCAGUGCCACGGAGGACAGAUCACCCAGUUAUGGGAAUUCAGAGUAAAAAGAAUUUUAUAAAUACAAAUGCAGUUGCUGCUAUCACGGGAUUACCUAAAAAGCCUCAACCUAUUUAUGUUGAUAGAAGACAGGGAGAUAAGUAUCUGCUUGAAACUUCAGGACUUGUUCCAAAAUAUAUUAAAAAAAAGGAUUAUGGUGUUACACCAAAAUAUGUAACACGGAGAAAUGAAGAAAUGAAGAGAGCUCAGAAAGAAUAUGAGGCCAAUAUCUUGGAGCAUCUCAAGAAAAGAGCCAUGAAACGGCUAUCUGAUGAAGAAAGGCGAAGUCUUCUGCAGGGGCUGAAGAACAACUGGGAGGAAGUGUAUCGUGAAUUUCAGGGUCUUUCGGUAGAAAUAGACACCAUACCCAAGAAGAUAUAUAAAGAAAAGCUGGAAUCACAGAUGAAACAACUGGAGCAUGACAUAGAAGUAAUUGAGAAGCACAAAGUUAUCUACAUUGCAAAUGAGUAAGGACUGUUUUUCAGAUAUUGCCUCUUUCCUCCUUUUCUUUUUCUCUAUCCCUACAUCUCCAAGAACCGCCCCCCUAAACUCUCAAAAGAAAUUGAAACCAUCAACUAUUCAGAAGGAAAUAUUCAACCAAUAUAAGUAUGUAGCUUCUUA